UUCUUGCACAGAAAUGUUGUUGAAUGAAGCAAAUCUGUAGAAGAAAACAAAUAAAUAUAAAUUAGAGCAAAAGGACAGAAAAAGAUUGUUAGCCUUUUUCGCUAACAUUAGCUCUCUGUGAAUCAUAUUCAGCUGCUGCAUCAAAUCAACCAGUUUAAUGAAAAUAUAUCAAGAAGAUAAAAAUACUACAUAAAAAUGAAGAGUAAAUAGUAAACAUUUACUACUAAAUACUUUAGACUGAAUUUAAUCCAAAUCCCCUCAAAUAACGAAACUCCUCAGACCAACGGGACAGAACGGCUGAUAAAUCGCAGACAUGGCAACCCUGCCUGUCAACAGCUCUCCCUCCCCCGCCAUGUAAGACGAGCCACAGUCAGCUGGUGCCGUUGGUUCCGACCCGGAUCCACAUGAUGUCGAGCUUCGAAGUUUCUGUGCAGCAGCUCAACGACCUGUUGACGGACGACAGCGGCUGUUACCGUCGGCCCAGUCGACACUGUGACGAGGUCCACCCCCGGAUCUACGUCGGUGACCAGUUCACGGCCACAAACGUCCCGCGUCUGAAGCGCCUGGGCGUCACCCACGUCCUGAACGCGGCGGAGGGGAACUCUCACAUGCACGUCAACACCAGCGCUGACUUCUACGCCCACACGGGCAUCACCUACCACGGGAUAGCUGCCAGUGACACCGACCACUUCGACCUCAGCGUUUACUUUGAGGCCGCGGCAGAAUUCAUCGGGAAGGCGUUGACGUACAGGGGUGGGAGAGGCAGGGUGUUGGUCCACUGCAGGGAGGGCUACAGCCGCGCCCCCUCCCUGGUCGUGGCCUUCCUGAUGCUGCGGCAGAACAUGGACGUCCGCUGCGCUCUGGCUCUGGUGCGGCAGGAAAGAGAAAUUGGACCAAACGACGGUUUCCUUCGACAGCUGUGCCGGCUGAACCAGAGGCUGGAGGCUGAGAGAAAGAUCAGGGACCAGUGAGGCACAACAUGAGGCACACGGUCUGCAAACUGGCACCGUCCUGCCUCGCAUCGAGCUUUAAGAAGCUGCAGAGGCGUGAAGGUGGAGAAACGGAGACGGGGACAUUUGUACUACAGUACUGCAGUACCACAGUACUACAGUACCACAGUACUACAGUACCACAGUACUACAGUACUGCAGUACCACAACAUCUUUUAGUAUAAACCUAUAGAAGUCCAACAUGGCGUUGACCCUGACCUUUAACCCUGAGGAGUUCCCAUUAGUCAGAAAGUUUCCAGAUUAUUUAACCUACAAAUAUAUACAGCCAUAUAUGCCAAUAUUUCUAUGAAAUAUAUUUCUUGAUUUGUUCUACCAUAGUUUAUACACGUGACACAGUAAUGUAGUACAGUACAGAGCUAUGAGUAAGAAUCACAUUGGCCAGCAGAGGGAGCAGCUACACCAGUGUUUUUGCAUCAGCAUCACAGUACUGUACCAGCUCACCCCCCCACCACGUCACGUGGCUUUACAUAACAAGCAGGCUGACUGUAGUACAGUGUUGACUUUCUCUGUGGUGUGAAUAUUCACAUCUACGUUAACGUGAAUGUCAUGUGACUUGGAAUAAAUAAAAAGAUACAAAUUUAU